AUGCAAGUGGGGACCAAAAAGGAGGGAAAGCAUGAAAGAGGACAAGAAAACGAUAAAUCGAAGAAGUUGAAGUCGGAGUGUAUGUGGAAGAUAGCAACUUGGAAUGUAAGGGGUAUACAGGGAAAAGAGGAUGAACUGGAGGCUGAAUUUGAGGAUAUAGGACUGGAAUUAUUGGCAAUAACUGAAACAAAGAAAAAAGGGGAAGGAUCAACAAGAACAAAAAAUGAUCAUCUAUUAAUAUAUAGUGGAGUAGAGAAAAACAGGAGGGCACAAUCAGGAGUUGGAUGUCUAAUAAGUAGAAGAAUAUGUGAGAGUGUAUAUGGGUGGAGAAAUUGGUCAGACCGGAUAUUAUCAGUGGAAAUUAAGCACUUGAAUAAUGAAAUCAAGACAAUAAUAGUGGUGUAUGGCCCAAAUGAAGAUGACAAUACUGAAACUAAGGACAAAUUUUGGGAGGAUCUAACAAUGGUCACCGAAGAAGCCAAGGGAAUCAUAAUUAUAUUGGGCGAUUUCAAUGGUAGAGUGGGUAGAAUGGACAGGAUGUACAAGGAGGUAAUGGGACCAUUUGGAAAAAACAUAAGGAAUAAUAAUGUCAUAGAAACGGCAAAAGAAGCUUGUGGAAGCUACAAGAAAUCAAAUAAGAAAAAGCAAACAGCAUGGUGGACCAAGGAAGUGAAAGCACAGCUAAAAAUGAAAAAGGAGGAAAAAUGGAGGAAGUACUUGAGUAAUAGAACUACGGACAAUUAUGAACAAUAUGAAAAUCAGAGAAAGAGUGUCAAAGCCCUUAUAUUAUCGCUAAAAAAGAAAAAAUGGAAAGAGUUUGGGGAAAAAAUGGAAACCAGUUAUAAGACUAAUCAAAAACUCUUCUACAGAACACUCAAAGCACAAAGAAAUGAAGAACUAUUGGAUGGUGGACAGGACGAAAGAGAAGAAUCAUAUGGAAAACCGGAAAAUGUUGAUGACUAUGAGGGUGGAAGAAUAACAAUGGAGGAGCUAAAGCAGGCGAUAAAAACAUUGAAGAAUGGAAAAGCGCCUGGAUGUGACAAGAUAACAUCGGAAAUUAUUAAGAACUUAGGUAAUAAUGGACUGGAAAAUUUGCUGAGGAUCUCUGAGAGGGUGUGGAAGGAAGAAAUAAUUCCAGAGGAUUGGCAGACAGCCUUAAUAGUCCCGAUAUAUAAAAAAGGUGACAAACAGAAUUGUAAUAACUAUCGAGGAAUAACUUUAUUAAGCACCGUUAUCAAAUUGUAUGAGAUAAUACUGGACAAAAAAAUUAGAGAGAAAGUCGAAACAACACUGGAGGAAACACAGAGCGGCUUCAGGAGAGGAAGAAGCAUUCAAGAUGUUUUUACUAUGAAGAUAUUAUGUGAAAAAGCAAGAACGGAGAACAGAAACUUAUAUGUAGGCUUCAUAGACCUAGUGAAGGCUUUCGAUAAGGUGAAGAGAGAGAAAUUGUGGACUAUACUGGAAAGAAGAGGAGUAAAUGAAAAGUUGUUGAAGGUCGUAAAGAACAUAUACAAACUAAAUAAAAAUCAAGUUAUAAGCCUGAAUAGGACAUCAGAAACAUUCCAUACAAAAGCAGGAUUAAGACACGGAGGAAGUUUGAGUCCGGUGCUGUUCCUAAUAUUUAUGGAUGAAAUACUGAAAGAGGUCACAAAAAGAACUAAGAAAUAUCAAGUCGGAUACAAAAAUUUACAGAGGGUGGAAAUAUCAGAGUGCGCAUUUGUAGACGACAUCAUCGUGAUCAAUGGACGAGAAAAGGAUCUACAGAGGAACAUGGAGAUCUGGAAUGAGAUAACUAGGGAUUUCGGAAUGGAAAUCAAUACGACCAAGACAAAAGUCAUGGUGAUAGGCAACCCCGAAGAAAUAAAAAUACAAUUGGAUGGAACGAAAAUAGAACAGGUGAAGACUUUUAGAUACUUGGGAGUAGAAUUGAGUGGGGAUGGAAAACAGGACAUAGAAAUUAAUGGAAGGAUAGAAAGUACAAUAAAAUUAUUCCAUAUGAUGAAUACCAGCUUCAUAAGCAAAAGAGAGAUUUCUCAAAACACAAAGAUUAAAGUGUACAAAGCAGUCUAUAGACCGACACUGACCUUUGCAUGCGAGUCAUGGGCAUUAAAUAGAAAACAGAAAAAUCUAGAGAUAGAGCCAUUACAGGAUUUUAUAGACAAAAGGCAACUCAGCUGGUGGGGACAUUUAAAUAGAAUGAACAACGCAAGACCUGUGAAACAAAUAUGGGAGGCCAAAAUCCAAAAGAGAAAGAAAAGAGGAAGACCAGAACAAACCUGGAAUAACACUAUAACCGAAAUAAUUAAUGGAAAAGGACAAACAUGGAAUGAAGCAAGAACUAUGGCUAUGGAUAAGAGACUAUGGACCCAGUUCGUACAUGGAAGGGAAUUCCAAUGA